AUGAGGAUUUUUGCUACGGUUGAGUUGCCUAAAAAAGGGAUGACGAGUGUGAAUCAGGUAUGGCGGGUAGGGCCGUCGGUCUCGGCUGAUGGGUUUCCGGCGAAACAUGCUUUUCAGCCGGCGAAUUUGGGGGCGAAAGGGCGGUUGGAUUUGUUAAGUGGACAAAGUAUCAGCGGACCUAGCGGUGGAAUUAGAGGUGGUGAUUCCAGAACGAAAAAUAGAAAUGAGUAA